CUCAGAACACCAAAACCGUCCUCGUGGCUUUUCCUGUUUACACUGAGCUGCGAGUGAAGAAUUGAAAAUGUUGGUUUUAUUUGAAACUGCUGCGGGAUACGCCGUAUUCAAGCUGCUUGAUGAAAAAAAAUUGAAGAAGACAGAAAAACUUUAUGAAGAAUUCUCAACUGCUGAAAGUGCAAGUAAAAUGUUGAAAUUACAACAUUUCAAGAAAUUCAAAGACACUACAGAAGCCCUUGCUGCUGCCACUGCCUCUAUCGAAGGGAAGAUGAACAAAUCCCUUAAGAAACUUCUCAAAAAAGUUCUAGUAGAACCAUCUCAAGAACUUGCCGUCGCCGAUGCCAAACUAGGAAAUGUCAUCAAGGAUAAAUUUGAUGUGAACUGUGUUUGUAACACAUCUAUUAGUGAACUCAUGAGGGGAAUCCGCUCACAAAUGAGCAGUCUCAUUACUGGUCUACCAGAGAAGGACAUGGCUGCUAUGGCCCUCGGCCUAGCUCACAGUUUGUCCCGGUAUAAGUUAAAGUUCAGUCCUGACAAAGUGGAUACCAUGAUCGUACAGGCUAUAUCGCUGCUUGAUGACCUAGACAAGGAGUUAAACAACUACAUCAUGAGAACGAGAGAGUGGUUUGGCUGGCACUUUCCUGAAUUAGGGAAAAUCGUACAGGACAAUCUUGCAUAUGCUAAGACUGUCAAGUUAAUGGGAUAUAGGACAAAUGCUGUCAACGUUGAUUUUUCUGACAUUCUGCCAGAGGAGGUGGAGCAGGAACUAAAACAAGCUGCUGAAAUCUCUAUGGGAACAGAAAUCUCCGAGGAAGAUUUAUUGAAUAUUUCCUACCUAUGUGUACAGGUUAUAGACAUCACAGAGUACCGAGCCCAGUUGUACGACUAUGUGAAGAACAGAAUGAUGGCAGUAGCCCCUAACUUAACCAUUCUGGUGGGAGAACUUGUGGGAGCACGUCUCAUAGCACAUGCAGGUUCUCUUUUGAAUUUGGCCAAACAUCCAUCAUCUACAGUACAGAUAUUAGGAGCAGAAAAAGCCCUUUUUCGAGCUCUGAAGACAAAACAUGACACACCUAAAUAUGGCUUGAUAUAUCAUGCCUCACUUGUGGGACAAUCAAAUACCAAGAUGAAGGGAAAAAUGUCACGUAUGCUAGCAGCGAAGUCGGCCCUAGCUAUCCGUGUCGACGCACUGGGUGAGGAAACUAAUGCUGAGCUAGGACUGGAACACAGAGCCAAGUUAGAGAAGCGUCUUCGCUACCUAGAGGAAGGCGGGGCACGAAGAAUUAGUGGAUCAGGAAAGUUCCAGGCAAAAUGGGACAAAUUUGAAAACAAAAGUGAGGUCAAAAUGUAUAACCCUGCAGCAGAUUCAACCCUUCCCAAAGCCAACAAAAAAAGGAAAUUUGAUGAAGAAAACGGAGAUGUAAAUGAACAGACAACGCCUAAAGUACCUAAAAUAGAACCAGUGGAAGAAGUAACAUCUGAAAAGAAGAAGAAAAAGAAGAAGUACAAGGACUUGGACAAAAGUGUUGAAUCAGAAGAUGUAAAACAGGAGACAAUAGCCACCCCAGAGUCAUCAGAAAAGAAGAAAAAGAAAAAGAAGAAGAAGUCUAAAGAGGAUUCUGAUUAGAUGAAAUAACCGGUGUACAUUAGAAACAGUUGUCAGACAGGGACUGAUCUUAUUAUAGGGGCCUAAAACAUUGGCCUACAGACCACUUACCUUAUCACAGACACGGGCAUUACUCCACAAUUGUAGGAGUUACAUGACACUACCAAGGACUUCGGAGAUGGGGAACUCUCAUGGAUUGUUUCUGGUUCAAUUCAAGAUAAAAUGUUAACCUUUUAAUCACAGAGACACUAAUAAAUUUAGAUCUCUGAGGAUUAAGAUACCAUUUUUCAUUAACCAAACUGCACUUAACUUGUAAUUUGGUUUUCAUCUUCAAGCUUCUGAGACAGAGCAAGCAAGGUUAAUACGGGGAAAUAUUUUCCACAAGAAUUUUUACUAUUAUUGGACAUGUUACAUACUCAUUAGAACAACAGUUUUACAGUUUUGAUCAUUUUUCAUUGAUACGAUGAAAUUAGUGGUUUGUUUUAAUACUAGAAAUUAAAAGGACACUUCAUUGAAGUUACAUUUCUGUCCGUUCUAAGAGGUAUAUCUUAUAAAAUUUUAUAAAACAAUCCAUAUUUUAUCUAGAAUUGAUGUAAAUUUUGUAACAUGAUAUCACGAGUUCAGACUGAUCUGACAUAAUAUACUGGUACAUUGUUUUCUAUAAAUAUUAUACAUGUUCUUCUACUUUACUUCUCCACCACGUGUUCAUAUCUGAAAUUGACAGUAUGUAACAAUGCGUACAGUCAAUACAUUUCAUUUAAGGUUGUUUACUACCGUGAUAUGAUUUUAUAUCACUUUACAAAAUGGGUUUCCGAGUUCCAAAUCGUGGAAAUAACAUACUUGAAUGGUAUUUAGAAUAGGGUAUGGCUAAUGACACAUUCUUGAAUUCUUAUAUUCUGUUAGAUGGACUCAUUAUGUAAUAGUGAUUUACCGGUAAAAUAUGUAUAGUGAUUUACCGAUAACUUUGAUAUAGUGAUUUAUCGGUAAAUUAGGUAUAGUGAUUUACCAGUAAAUAAGGUAUACAUGAUUUACCGGUAAAUUAGGUAUAGUGAUUUACCGGUAAAUUAGGUAGGUAUAGUGAUUUACUGGUAAAUAAGGUAUACGUAGUAAUUUACUGGUACAUUUGGUAAAAUGAUUUACCAGUACAUUUGGUAUAGUGAUUUACUGGUAAAUUUGCUAUAGAGAUUUACUGAUAAAUUAGGUAUAUUGAUUUACAAAGUGAUCGAUUUAGUACGGACACAAAUAAUUUUUGUGAGUUUUGAAGGUAAUAUAUAGCCUAAUGUUAAUGUUGCCUUCAUGCUUUACGUCUGUGGCUUGUAAAUGUUUUAGAAGUACAAGAGUUAUCUUCCUUGAACCUUAGAUUAUGAAAAACAACAAACCAAAAAUAAAAGUCAUAUGGAACAGGAUAUGGGAAAGAUCUUCAUUUAUAGCAACAUGAUUCUAGGGAACACUUUGUUAAAACUUGCAUUAUGUACGGAAUGUACAAUUUGUUAUGUUUUAUCAUUUUAUAUACAUCUUGUAUAAAGUCAAUUGCAUCUUA